AAUUACCCCUGCAGGAAGAUCCAGGAAGUGCGGGAGUUAUUUUAUAGGCAAAUAUCUUUCCUGACUGAUGUCCAGCUAUAAAUUGAGCUACUUCAAUUAAAUCAGACAGAAAUAUGCAUUAGAUUUCGAGCAUAAUAUAUUUAUAUCGCCACUUAAUCGCGGAUAAAAAACAGUCAAGUAGCUUAUGCGCUGGUUUUUGAAGGCCACUUGGUAAAAGGUAACCAUCAGAGCGCUAGAGAACCUGUAGCUGCUGUCAGUCAAGUGAUCUAUGAUAAUACAGCACUGACACAGACAUGAGCUUCUUCGGCUUCGGACAGAGCGCUGAGAUCGACAUCGUGUUGAAUGACGCCGAGACCAGGAAGAAAGCUGAGCACAAAACUGAAGAUGGCAAAAAGGACAAAUAUUUGCUUUUCUACGAUGGUGAAACUGUAAGUGGGAAGGUUAACGUGACUCUGAAGACUCCUGGAAAGAGGCUGGAGCAUAAUGGGAUCAAAAUCGAGUUCGUCGGACAGAUUGAGCUGUACUAUGACCGAGGGAACCACCACGAGUUUGUGUCGUUAGUGAAGGAUCUUGCACGACCUGGUGAGCUUUCACAGUCCCAGACCUUUGACUUUGAGUUCACCCAUGUGGAGAAGCCCUAUGAAUCUUACACUGGCCAGAAUGUCAAACUGAGGUACUUUCUGCGAGCAACAAUCAGCAGAAGGCUGAAUGAUAUCAGUAAAGAGAUGGAUAUUGUCGUGCAGACGCUGUGCACGUAUCCAGAGAUGAACUCCUCCAUCAAGAUGGAAGUAGGAAUUGAAGAUUGUCUCCAUAUUGAGUUUGAAUACAACAAAUCCAAAUACCAUCUGAGGGAUGUUAUCGUAGGAAAGAUUUACUUCCUUCUUGUGAGGAUAAAGAUUAAACACAUGGAAAUUGGUAUAAUAAAACGGGAAUCGACUGGAACAGGACCCAGUGUGUACCAUGAAAAUGACACCAUUGCCAAAUAUGAGAUCAUGGAUGGGGCACCAGUGAGAGGCGAGUCGAUCCCCAUCCGCUUAUUUCUGGCUGGAUAUGAGUUGACGCCCACCAUGAGGGACGUCAACAAGAAGUUCUCAGUGCGUUACUACCUGAACCUAGUCCUUAUAGAUGAAGAAGAGCGACGAUACUUCAAACAACAGGAGAUCACACUCUGGAGGAAAGGAGAUAUUGUAAGGAGAAGUAUGUCCCAACAGGCCACCAUUGCUGCCCAGAGAUAUGAGGGAUCAAACUCUGAAACUGUGUCAGCACAAGCCAAAGAGGAGAGUAACUAGACGCAAGACGCUUUAUGUUCCCUCCAGAUCUCAAAUGAACCUUGUUAUGUCAAAAUAAUGUUUUAUAAGUCUCAAAGGGAUCAAUGUGACACAUGACUUUUGCCGAAAAAGUGAAAUCAUCGCUUCUUGAGAUCAAAAAUGAAAAAAAGCAGUCCAACUAUGUGUAUAGAUUACAAAAUAUUUUUUUAUUUCUCAUUCCAAAACUGCAUACAUUUCCAUUAUACAGUAGUGACCAACAGUUUUGUAAUGCCAGACACAAUCUUUCCACGUGUACGCCGCUGUUUUCAUGCUAUAUGUUUGAUUUGUGCUUCAUGAAGUUGUAAGGCACAAUACAUUCCUCUUAUGCUCAAAUUUUGCUUAAGUCAAGUACACUGAGAAAUCAGAAUCUAGCUUCUGUACCAUGUCCUGUUUAAUGAGCCCAAAAAAAAGAGAUCUACUGUGAUCUUUUGUGUUAAAUCUAGCGCUUCAUGUACUCUUCAUAGAGCUCUGCACAGUAUUAUUCUGUCAUUUGGGGUAUUACAAAUGAAGACCUCCAUAGGAAUGUCUAAUUAGGGAAUUACUAACUUACUUAACAUGAAUAUUUUUAUUAUAUAUAUUUUUUUUUUCUUUUCUUUUGAUCUGGUGUCUUAAGUGUUUAUUUCCUAUGAUUAAGAAUCGGCAGCACAAGGUUCCAGUAUUCUCGAGUGCAGUUUAAUGCUGUAAUAGAGAAAAUCCUUCUUGUGAUUGUUUGUGCAUUUUCCAUUUUUUCAUGUGUAUGUCUUUGUAUUAUACUAAAUAUUUGUUUAAUAGCUUAUUAGCUGUUCAGGUGAUGAGGUAUGACUAUUAACAGCCAUGCAAUCGUGCAAACCUCUGCAAAAGGCUCAUUUAAUCAGCCCCAUUGUAAUAACAUUUACUAACCUCUGCAUUCAAAAUGAUUUCC